AUGUUCCGCCUGUUGGAUGAUUAUGUGGUGGUGUCUUGGGACGAGAGCGAGGAUGAGGGGCAAGGGAACCCUGAUUUCAUCCAAGGCAUCAGUGAAUACGUCGACAACAUUGCCGAUGAGGUCUGGCCGGUCAACAAGAAAAUACACGACAACCCGGAGCUCGGAUACGAAGAAUUCAUAGCUCAUGAAACACUAACCAAGUUCUUCAAAAGCCAGAAAGGAUGGAAGGUAACGCCAUCUGCCUACGGGUUGGAUACAGCUUGGAUCGCUGUCUGGGAAAGUGGCAAACCUGGCCCUGUGGUUUCCUUCAACGUUGAGAUGGGUAUGCACACAUUCCUUCCAUAUCCGACGGUCCCGCUGACAUACAAAGACGCGCUGGACGGUAUAGGACAUGCUUGCGGCCACAAUCUGAUCGCAACAGCUUCAGUGGCAGGCGGCCUAGCGACCGCCUCCAUGAUGGCUCAACACGGCCUUGGGGGAAGAGUCGUGGUCUUCGGAACGCCAGCAGAAGAAGGAGGUGGAGGCAAGAUCAAGCUACUCGAAGCUGGAGCUUACAGAGACUAUGAUGUUGACAUCAACCUAAUCUCCCACCCCGGCAUCACGCAUGAAUGCGCCUUGGUUCGUACUUCGGCUUACACCGCAUUCAAAGUUGAGUAUUUCGGACGCGAAGCUCAUGCAGCUGCAAGCCCGUGGCUGGGCAUCAACGCCCUCGACGCAAUGAUCACAGCCUAUAAUGCGAUUUCAGUUCUGCGCCAGCAGACUAUGCCUGGGGAUGUUGUACAGGGACAUAUCAGCGAGGGCGGAGUUCGGCCCAACAUCAUACACGCCUACACCGCGGGAAAUUGGGUGGUGCGAGCCAACACAAGCGCACGGCUGGAUGAACUCAAGAAGAAAGUUGUGGCCUGUUUUGAGGCCGGCACUACAGCUACAGGUGCAACGCUCAAGAUUACCCACACUCAGUCAUACUCAGACCACGUACCUAAUCGCGUUAUGGGCCGGUCCUACCAGAGAUACUUCAACGCACUCUCCCCUCCGGGACUGAUCCCGGAAGACCAAGACGUCGACGAAAUCCAGGGGCGCACAAUGGCGAGCACUGAUCAAGGGAAUAUCAGCUAUGCCAUGCCAAGUCUUAGCCCUGGAUUCUCAAUAGUCCCAGGGCCAGGCGGCAAUGGUCCUCAUAACCCAGAAUUUGCCGAUGCCGCUGGCACAAAAGACGCUUUCGACCGAGCUUUGCGAGUUGGUAAGGCCUUAGCUGGCACUGCUGUGGACAUUUUGGCAACAGACGGCCUGCUUGCCACUGUAAAGGAAGAAUGGAAGAAAGAAAUCAAAGAAAGCGGAGGCCACAGAUCUGGACACUAG